AAAUUGAUACGUCUAGUCGUCUACCACGAAGUAAUAGCAUCCUGGUGCUUUGUGUUUAAUACAAAACGUUUCCAGGAAGGUGCUCGUCAUAUUGCGCUGUUGCAAGGUAUUUUCUCGAACGAAGCAUACACUUUUAGCGACUUCAAAAAGUUAGCAAUUGAUGCACAGCCCGUGAAAAAAAACGAAACAACAUUUCUUUCGCCUAAAGCGAUGGAAAUGCGACUGUUCUAAAAUCGAAUCGAAAUUAUGCUCAGAGUGAGCCUCAACUACAAAGGUCUUGUUGGUCUGUGUAUAUUUUCGCUCUUUAUCGUUUACUACUUGAUGAAAAAUACGUCUCAAUUUUCGAAGGACAUAAAAUACACUAUGAAUCCAAUGCUUGAUUACAUGGGUGCUAACUUGGAGGUGCGAUAUAAGACUGGACCAAAUUAUGGGGCAGACAAAUUUAUUCAUGAAGUGACAAUAAUAAACAGCGGAGACCAAGAUAUUCCUCACGAAGGCUGGUCAAUCUACUUUAACAGUCUCCACCUUAUUGAGUUCGACACCUUGAAGAAAAACCGAGAAUAUUCACUUCCUCUGUGUGACUUCAUUAUCACACACAUGGAUGGUGGAUUCUUUAAACUAACACCUGAUCAAAACUUUAAAGGCAUCCCAGCUGGAGGAGCAGCUCUCAUCAAGUUCCGGAGCUACCAAACCGCAUCCCGAUCCUACAUCCUCCCACGAUGGUACGUGUCUGCUCCUGAUCACGCUCCUGUGAUUAUCCAGAGCACAGAUGACGAAGAUGUGAAGUUUGUGGAGGGUUUCAACAAAAUGGAGAAGUGGAAACGAUCUAGUGAUGAUAACGCUGAUCCAUUCACUCCACAAGAAAGAUUUGCCAGAGAUCGCAUAGAAGACUUAGUAGUUGCGCCCAUGAAAGUACUUCCUACUCCAAUACACUUCAAUGUAAAUUCUAAGAAAAUAAUGGUCUUAGACAGCAGUAAAUGGUGCGUGUGUUGCACCAAUCUACCUUCCAACAUACAGAAUGAAGCAAAGAGAAUAGCGGAUAUUCUCGGUGUUCAACAUAUACCAGGUUCAGAGCCCUGUCCGCCCAGUCAAGUCAUCAAAAUAAUAGUUGCUGAUGUAGAAGGGGUACCUAGUUCAAAUGAGGCUUAUAUGAUAAAGAUUGAUGAUUCAAGAGAGACCAUUAUAAUCACGGCACCACACGAAGCUGGGAUAUUUUACGCCGGACAAACUCUUCUUUCAUUGGCCGAGAGAAAUGGAAGUUUUCAGCUUAGUUUUCCAACGGGAACAAUCCAGGAUGGUCCAAGAUAUGGAUACAGGGGUUUACACAUCGAUGUCGCUCGUAACUUUGUUCCUGCUGAUGAAAUUAUUAAAAUUAUUGAGACGAUGGCGCUAUACAAGCUAAACAAACUUCAUUUCCAUCUAACCGAUGACGAAGGUUGGAGAAUUGAAAUCAAUGGAUUGCCUGAACUCACACAGAUUGGUGCUGUCAGGUGCCACACAGAAACAGAGGACACUUGUUUAUUCCCAGCUCUUGGCUCUGGACCCAACAAAGAUACAUCGGGCAGUGGUUUCUACACAGCAGAUGAUUAUAAACGUAUAUUACAAAGUGCGGUCGCCAAUCAUGUACAAGUUAUUCCUGAGGUUGAUACACCUGGUCAUUCACAUGCCGCGAUUAAUGCCAUGGAAGUCAGAUAUAGAGAAUUUAAUCUUCGUGGUGACACAGCAGCAGCUGACGAGUUCCGCUUGAUCGACCCUGAUGAUGUUUCCACGGCGAUGUCUGUUCAACAUUUCCGUAACAACGCACUUAACCCCUGCAUAGCUUCGUCAUACAAGUUUGUGGAGAAAGUCAUCACCGAGAUUAAAGCUCUUCACGCUGAUAUACAACCUCUUACCACAAUACACAUGGGAGGGGAUGAGGUUGCUAAGAAGUCUUGGGAGGGUUCUCCUGUAUGUGAGAAGUUUAUCAGUGAAGAAGAAGGGUUCCCAUAUAGCAAUGUUGACCUACAGGAAUAUUUCAUUCGUAAAGUUUCCGACAUUUGUACCAAACAUGGAUUAAACCUAGGAGUUUGGGAGGAUGGUGCUUUGAAAUCACCAGACACUGUUCCUUAUGAGAAAUCCUCCAUACCCUGUGAUGUGCUUGCUUAUUCAUGGAACAACGCUGGUUGGAGUCCUUACUUAGCUAAUAGAGCUUAUAAACUUGCUAAUGCAGGUUAUAAGGUUGUGAUGUCACAAGCCACCCAUUUUUACUUCGACCACCCCCAUGAACCAGAUCCUGAAGAGAUCGGUUUAUUCUGGGCAACGCGUUAUAUUGAUGAUCGUAAAGUGUUUGAGUUCAUGCCGGAACAUCUUUACUCAAAUGCAAAGUUCAACUUAAAUGCUGAACCAUUUUCAUCUGAAGAAGUGAAAAAUAUGCGAGAUACAAACCUGCCACUAACAGCGCCAGAGAACAUUAUUGGAAUGCAGGCUGCUGUGUGGUCAGAAAUGCUUCGUGAUGUCACAAAGUUUCAUUAUCAAUUAUUUCCACGCUUGAUUGCAUUCGCAGAGAGAGCUUGGCACAAGGCACCAUGGGAAGCAGAACAAGCAAAUGAAUGGACCAAACUACAAGAUUGGAGAGAUUUUGUAAACGUGGUCGGUUACAAGGAAUUAUCUCGACUCAGGAUUCGAAAUAUUCACUACAGAUUACCACCACCAGGUGUCAGAAUAACAGAUGAUGGGAAAAUUGAAAUUUGCUCUAAAUUCCCGGGUCUCACUUUCAAGUUUAGAACUGUUUCUGGUGACGAACAUUCUGAUUGGUCAGAAUGUGUGGACCAACAGCCAAUCACAGACAAGAAAGCGAUAUAUGAAUUCGUAACCACAGAUGGUCAAAGACAGAGCCGAAUUAUUCGAUUAUGAUGUCAUAAACUGUGAUAAAACAUUUCUUAUUUUGUCAUAACUUCAACUUUAUAACUUAAUUUUUUCUGGUAUAAUUUGUAAGAUAGUGGGGUGGGGGAGAAUGGGACGCCUUUUUAUUCUAUUUUCACGCCCCAUUUGGUAGCAAACAAAGAGUUUAAAAGAAUUAUAAACCAUAUCUCCCACGACUCCUAUAGAACGUUAGUAACUGUUUAAAACACGAUCAGGAUAUUUAGAUAUUAUGUGCUAAAGGUGUCCCAUCUUUUGCCACAGUACUAUAACUUUAAUUUUUCUUCAAAUAAUUUGCUAUUUUUUUCUUGCCCCUAGUUUUAUGACAAAUUCUUGAGCCAAAGUAUAUUAGUUUUUAGUAAAAUUAGAAAGUUUUUAAGUUAAAACUUAACUGUAUAAUUCCAUUUAUUCAAUCAACGAAACCAGUUACUUUGUACUAUAGCAGAAAAAUUAGAUUUUUGCUUCGUAAGACCUAAAUGCUAUUACUGAAAUGUGUUUUAUUUUCUUCCAAUGUAGUUUAUCAUAUUGUUAAUUUCUCUUUAAAUGAAAUAUUAACUUUUACUUCAAUUUAUUCGAUGCACUGCAGUUUGUAUUCUUACUUUUCACAAUAUUGGAUUCUACUAUAUGGUCGUUACAAAAAUAAAAAAAUA